UCGGCGGGGCGGGUGUGGACGCCUGCGGCCCGGGGCGAGCCCGGCGCACGGCGCGCGGGGAUGGGGGUCACGGUGGACGUGCGCCAGGUGUACAAGUACCCCUUCGAGCAGGUGGUUGCCAGCUUCCUCCGAAAGGAAGGCACUUGGCAGAAGGGACAAUCAUAUGAGGAUCUCUGGGAAGCAUUUAAUCUGAUUUUUCACAAUGAAGAAGAUUAGGUACGACACGAAGCAGAAUGGUGCAAACGGGAAGAGUACGGGCUCUGACAUCAGCCGGGGGGACCGAGUGCUUCUAGCUGUCUGAGAGGAGUAGUCUGCAGAAACCUUUACCAACUUGGAGUAAUAAAGAGAAGAAAGAACAGGAAUAAAGUAUCCCAACCCCAUGGAUAAAAAUGUCAUCUCUGUAAUAACUGUGGAGGAAAAAAGAGAUGUGUCAACAGGGAUCAUCUAUAGAAAGAGGAUUGCAGUCUGUCAGAAUGUGGUUCCAGAAAUUUUAAGGAAGGUGAGCAUUUUAAAGGUACCUAGUAUCCAGUUGGAAGAGGAAUCGUGGCUCAAUCCUCAGGAAAGAAACAUGGCUAUACGGAGUCACUGCCUUACAUGGACACAGUAUGCAUCCAUGAAGGAAGAGUCUGUCUUCCGGGAAAGUGUGGAAAAUCCAAACUGGACAGAGUUCAUUCAGAGAGGCAGAAUUUCAAUUACAGGGGCUGGCUUUCUCAACUGCAUUUUGGAGACUUUUGCCAGCACAUUCUUAAGACAGGGAGCCCAGAGGGGAAUUAGAAUAAUGGAGAUGCUGCUAAAGGAACAGUGUGGUGCCCCCUUAGCUGAAUAAAGAAUCCGCAGGGACCUGUGUUGUCCUAAUUUGCUCAAGAAUCACUUCUUGGCCCCAACACAUCACUGAUGCAGUUUUUGAAAUCCAACUUUAAGGAUACACUGUUGGCAGCUUCAAGAAGAGGAGACCCUCCUUCCAGGACAUGAAAUGAUACACUCCCCUGGGAGCCUGCCUCAGAUAGUGGCACUCAUGGACAUGAGACCUGCUAGCUGGGUUUUUAUGGCACAGUCUCUUUAUGAUUUACAAAUAAAGGAAAAAGAAAACCAUAGAAGGUGACGUCUGCCCUUCUUCAGGAUGUCCCGCUGACUGCCUGGUGACAGUGUCAGGGAAGCCAAGGACAGGCUGGAGGCCUGGCAAGUGGUGCUGGUGCCCAUAUGUUAUCAGCCUCACUGCUCAUGGGAUUCAUGAGAAGAUUCUGGGACGGAUAAAGGAGUUAAACCUGAUGCCUGAUGCAUGAGUGUCCUACAACAGAAAGGAAUAUACCAGGCCAGUGUUGAAGCUAAGCUACAUUUAGAGUAAUGUUUGGUUCUCAGAAAUUGAGAGCAUUUAAUGUCUACCCAUAAGUACUACUUAACUGUCACCAGUAUGGCUUUUAUAAUGUAACCUGUCCACAGUAUGAUUUGGUCUUCUGAAAGAACAUGGGUUGGAGAGCGGGAAGGCAGGGGGUGACUUUGGCAUUAUGUGACAUGGAGCGCAGCAUGAACCUCUCUGUGUUUCCCUGGCAAGUGGGGCUACCUGGGCACAGGUGUUCUGUGUAGUGAUGAUUAGACAAGGAAGGGAGUUUAGUAUGAAAAGCACAGGUUUGGGAAUUUGACAGAACAAGUGUUACCACCUACUAGCUCAAUGAUUGAUUAUCUGCAUAAUUUUCAUUUUUUCCAAAGCUCCUUCUUUUUCAUUGCACCACGAGGCUAUAAAAUUAACUUUGUGAGGUGGUCGGAUCGAUUUGGGAUUGUGUGUAUAGAGUGCCUAGUACGCUACCUGUUGCAUCGUAGAAGUCUAGUACCUAGACGCCAUUACUAUGUGAAACCAUUUUGAAAAUGUACUUUUCAAAUGUAAUAUGAGGUAGUAUUACUGUUUGAAAAUUAGGUGACAGUAGUUUGCAUUUACCAUGAUUGGAAGCCAAAAUAUAAGUGCACACUACCUAAUAGGAAGCUUGAACAGAGGCAGUAAUUUGGAAUUCAUCUGCUUAAGAUAAAAAUUGGGCCAUUACUGGGAAGUCUUGGGGAAAUUGUUCUUUUUUUUUUAAUAUUUGAAAAAUUUUCCACUUAGUGCAGUGAUGAAUAUCAAAGCAAUUUUAUUCUUUAUACAAGCCUGCCACUGUGAGCUUCUUCUUACUGUAUUUGAGCUGUUUGUGCUGCUCGAGUUCUGUCUUUUAGGAUAAUCUCUCCUCAUUUUCUUAGUGUCUCAUUCUUCAGGUGUGUUGGAGAGAAAAUGAAUGGUAGAAACCAGAACAAAACUUUGACUUCUUUUUCCAGUUUGUCAGCGGCAUUUGGUAGGCUUUUGGAAUAAUAGCCCAUUUCAAAAAAUAAGAGGCCAUGUAAAUGAUCACAGAGGUGAGAGGUUAGAAAUCCGUAUGACACUGAAAUAAACUUAAUGCAUCCUACCCAACAACCUACAUCCUCUGAAGCAGGAGUUCUCAGCUUUUGGUGUUCAUUAGAAUCAUCUAGGGAAUGUUAUGCACUUUUGCUGAUGAGGGUACAUCCUAGAGCAAUAAAUACAUCAGAAUCUUGGAGAUUCUGGGUGGAACCCAGGCAUCCAUCCAUACUUUUUAAAGCUCCGUAGGUGGUUCCCAUUGGCAACUAGGGAUGCGAACACUAGACUGAAUUCUUGGUGAUUUUCAGACAUUAUUUGAUUUCUUUCUUAACACCUCUGAGGUAGGAAAGGAUAUUUGUAGCAAGAAUUUUUGUUAGAAAUACAAAGAGUGGGGUGCCUGGGUAGCUCAGUCAAUUAAGUGUCUGACUUUUGGUUUCAGCUCAGGUGAUGGUUCAUGAGUUUGAGCCCCACAUCGGGCUCCACACUAACAGUGU